AAGUUCAGGUAAGAUCCCAAAUGGGAUGAGCGGGGAAGACGGGACAGACGAAGAAUAGUGCUGGAGAGGAGUGUUCUUAGUCGUAGAAAUAGAGCCAGGGCUUAACCCAGCAGCAAAGGCGAUCGUGGGACAGAUAUUGAAAAGAGAAAUUCCGGUUCUUCUGUUGGGACUCCGGUGGGGUGAGCUGGGAGUAAGGGACUUGCGACGUUUAGAGCUAGAGAGGAGUGCAGAACUGAGUCAUGUCUUAACCCAAAAAAGCUAAGGCGAACGUGGGUCAGAGAAUGGUACCUGUCUUAGAAGGUACCUGUCAGCGGAUCCAAGGUUAUUUGUAAGUAGGGUUAGGAGCAGGAUCAUGCAAGGAGUAGAAAAGGUUGUGUUGGUUUGUGGGUCUGCGAAUGUCUUCGUCAAGGAGAGAGGUCCAGUAGUCAUGUCGUGUCUCAAGUUUGUCUAUCUGUCUGUCACUGAGCCUCUUCCAGUACGAUUCAGCGCAGGGACGUCUAACUGGGCAUGGAGAGACUCGCUUGUGGCGAAGUCCUCCCAUCUGACAUCAAGCACCCAGCGCAGCGCCUUGUUCUGGACACGCUGCAGUUUAAGAGAAACAGGAAGUACUGAAACUGCAAGAUGGACUCUUUGGAUGAGGAGGAAGUCUAUGAGGUAGAAAAAGUUAUUGAUAUCAAGUGGGAAGAAAAUUGCCAUGGUAAGGAAGAGGAACGUUACAGAGUGCGGUGGAAAGGAUUCAAACCCAUUCAUGAUACCUGGGAGCCCUUCAGCAGUUUUAUGACUGAGAGCCAGAUACUUGUUCAAAACUUCAGGGAGAGAUAUGAAAGUUUAAAGAAGGAAACUGAAACUAGCAGUUCAAAAGUAUGCCAUGUGAACAUACUAAGCGAAGAAAUUGAGCUGAUUUUGAAGAAGAGAAAGCAAAAGACAGAAACUAAGCCUAUUACAAUAUACUUUGUAAAAUGGCAUGGAUAUGACUGUGAGGAUGCCACAUGGGAAGCUGAUUCUGAACUGAUUCAUGCCAGUGACAAGAUAGAAACUUUCUUACGUAAGCAACAUGUAGAUUAUUCGAAGCAUCAUUCAGAAUACUUUAGUGAUGAGGCUCUACUAACUCCAGAUGAUCCUCAUCCCCGGAGAUGUAUGGAAGAUGAAUUAUUCAGUGAUUUCAAGAAAGGCAAGAGUGUUUACACCAGGGUAAAAUCAAGGAAAUCCAGUGACAAGGUACAUGAUAAAUCAACUGGUGUUCAUCCAAGUAUAACAGAUGGUCUUCCAAAGUACAACCCAAAAAGAGUUCAAGAAGUGUUCAAAAAACAAAUAAAUUUUACUCUUAGUCUAUCUAAGCAGGAAUUUUGUUCUGCAGUCCAAAAUGAUGACUACCAAAAGGUUAUGGCAAGUUUGCGUAGUGGCAAUAUUCCAGACGUGGAUUUUCCUUCUCUGUUUCUUGCGGCUGCCAGACAGGGACAGAGAGAUGUUGCUUUGCUGUUAUCAACACGUGUCCCUGAUAUAUCUGUUAAAGAUGACUGGGGAGAAACUGCAUUUACAAUGGCAGCACACAAUGGUGAUGUAAGUUUUGCUCAUCAGCUGCUGAUAUUGGGUGUACCACUGAAACAGCAGAAUAAGAAGAAACAAACUGCACAAGAUAUUGCAGUUAAAUUGGGUCACAAGCAAUUUCUCAAGUUUUUGAGGAAAUAUGAAGAAAAGAGAGAAUCAUACUUAAGAGUGAUUUAAUACUUAAAAUAUUGAUAUACAGCACGAAUUUGUACUUGGCUUAUCACUCUUGUGAAUAUAAUUUGUACCUAUAUCUAACAACAAAAUAUUUAGUUUUUUACCUUAACAGCUACAUCUUGUCAAGGCAGGGCACAUUCACAUUAUAUUCACAAAAGUACUACUUUAAGGGAAGGGGUUGCCUUGUUCCUGGUGACCGGCUCCUAAUCCAAGGAAUUAAGAUAUCCUUCCCUUCCUUGGCUUAACCCUGAUUACCUCCUGUUUCAUAGAGAGCAUAAUCCAGUAUAUAUGUCAAUCCUGUAGACUUAUCAAGUCAUGAACAGAUACACAGAGAACAGGUGAGCAUAUAUAGGGACCACAGAGAGGUGAAGAGACAAGGUACAAGAUAGGCUUGGAUCAGGUCUACUGCAGUGCUACUCUGAAACUGUUGCUAUGUGGAGAACAAUUAAAAGCUUUUCUUGCCAGGGACUCAGGCAUGCUGUAGAAAGCUACUAUUCUGGUUAAAAUUGUUGGACACACCGAGGAGUCUUGAUUCCAAGAUUCUACAUCUGCGGAUCUCAACUAAUGAGUAGCAAGUUAUUGUGGUAAUUUUGGUGCAAAACAGGCACUGUUUAAUUUGUCACUCCUGUAGGUGAAACGUCCCAUGCCCACCAUAACACCAACAGGAGUGACAGCUUAAACACCUGUGUUUUACACAGACUCCCACAACCACUUGAUUAACAACAUGGGAAGAAAACUCAGAAAUAUAGAAUCGGCACAUCAAAGAAUUUCAACAACAUAGCUGAGUCCCUUAGUUUUUCCACACAGCAAAACUGCAAUAGACCUGUAAACCCAAAACAAGUCAUACCCUACACCAUGUAUCUUGCACAUUCCCUGGCUCUUCACUUCUAAUUAUUAUUAUAAUCAACAAGAAGCGCUAAGCCACAAGGGCUAUACAGCUUCACUUCUAAUUACUUUAUAUGUAUGCUCACCUGCCCUCUCUAGAUUUAUGUUUAUGAUUUGAUAAAGGCUACCAAGUGUGAAUCAUGUUGUAUCGCAUUUCUCUUUUACCGUCAUGUUGGUAUUUCACACAUUUGCUCUCUACUGCCCUUUUUCCAUAUGCUAUGCAGCGCUGUAUAGCCCUUGUGGCUUAACGCUUCUUUUUGAUUAUAAUAAUAAUUCCAUAUGCUAUAUGAUCCCCUAUAGGUUUGGCACUUUCCCCUAAAUAUGUGUAUAUGACCUUUCCCAUCCUCCCUAGAUUAAUGAUUCCCACAUAAUAAAAAUAUGCAAAAUUU